CGCGGGGCUGGCGACCGCUCCCCGGAGCCGCGCGGACGGGCGGAGCCCACGGCGCAGGGCAGGCAGCCGCGGGCGACCCCGAGCCCGGCCCCGGAGCCAUGGCCCUGAGCGACCUGGCGCUGCUCCGCUGGCUGCUGGAGAGCAACCACUCGCGGAAGCUCACCCUGUUCAUCGUGUUCCUCGCGCUGCUGCUGGACAACAUGCUGCUCACGGUCGUGGUCCCUAUCAUCCCGAGUUACCUGUACAGCAUUAAUCACGAGAAGAACGCCUCAGAAAUCCAGACAGCCAGGCCAGUGCUCACGGAGUCUACCUCAGGCAGCUUCCAGAGCAUCUUCUCUUACUAUGACAACUCCAUCAUCGUCACCGAGAACGGCACCGGAGGGACUCCGGGGCCGCUGCCCACGGCCCCCACACAGCACACGGUGACCAACACGUCCGCUGCGCCUUCUGACUGUCCCCGUGAAGACCGAUAUCUCCUGAAUGAAAACGUGCAAGUCGGCCUGCUGUUCGCCUCGAAAGCCACAGUCCAGCUCCUCACCAACCCCUUCGUAGGACUGUUGACCAACAGAAUUGGCUAUCCAAUUCCGAUGUUUGCUGGAUUCUGCAUCAUGUUCGUGUCAACCAUUAUGUUCGCCUUCUCCAGCACCUACGCCUUCCUGCUCAUCGCCAGGUCGUUGCAGGGCAUCGGCUCUUCCUGCUCAUCCGUAGCUGGGAUGGGCAUGCUGGCCAGCGUGUACACGGAUGACGAAGAGAGAGGCAACGCCAUGGGCAUCGCACUGGGAGGCCUGGCCAUGGGGGUCCUAGUGGGCCCCCCGUUUGGGAGUGUGCUGUACGAGUUUGUGGGGAAGACCGCCCCGUUCCUGGUGCUGGCUGCUUUGGUGCUCUUGGAUGGAGCUAUUCAGCUUUUUGUGCUCCAGCCGUCCAGGGUGCAGCCAGAGAGCCAGAAGGGGACGCCACUGACCACCCUGCUGAAGGACCCCUACAUCCUCAUUGCCGCAGGCUCCAUCUGCUUUGCAAACAUGGGGAUUGCCAUGCUGGAGCCAGCCCUGCCCAUCUGGAUGAUGGAGACUAUGUGUUCCCACAAGUGGCAGCUGGGCAUUGCUUUCUUGCCAGCUAGUAUCUCUUAUCUCAUCGGAACCAAUGUUUUUGGGAUGCUCGCACACAAAAUGGGGAGGUGGCUUUGUGCUCUUCUGGGAAUGAUCAUUGUUGGAAUCAGCAUCUUAUGUAUUCCUUUUGCAAAAAACAUUUACGGGCUCAUAGCUCCUAACUUUGGAGUUGGUUUUGCAAUUGGCAUGGUGGACUCGUCGAUGAUGCCCAUCAUGGGCUACCUGGUGGACCUGCGGCACGUGUCCGUCUACGGGAGUGUGUAUGCCAUUGCGGACGUGGCCUUCUGUAUGGGAUACGCCAUAGGUCCUUCUGCUGGCGGGGCUAUCGCAAAGGCAAUCGGCUUCCCGUGGCUCAUGACGAUCAUUGGAAUAAUUGAUAUCCUUUUUGCUCCUCUCUGCUUUUUCCUUCGAAGUCCGCCCGCCAAGGAAGAAAAAAUGGCCAUUCUCAUGGAUCACAACUGCCCCGUUAAAACAAAAAUGUACACCCAGAAUAAUAUCCAGUCGUAUCCGAUAGGGGAUGAUGAAGAAUCUGAAAGUGACUGAGCUCUUCAGAAGUCGUCAAAGUAUUUAUUUGUACAGAACAAUGUUUCCAGUGAAAUGAGUCCUCCAGAACUUAGUCACUCCAGUGUCCCUGGUGAAAGCAAAACAGCCAAAGGUCAUCCGUUCUUCUCCGUGGUUGUGAUCGAUUGCCAACAGCCUUAUAAAGAAAAAGCAGCUUUUCUAGGGGUUUGUAUAAAUAGUGUUGAAAACUUUA